UUUUCUGCUGUCAAGGUAACUUAGCAUCUUUUCAUUUGUUGUUGUGUAUGCAGGUGGUGUGGCAGGUGAUCGAUCUUCAACUGAUGGAUUGAAUCUGCUGCUGCAUUUUCUCAUCAGGGGAGUUCUUCAUCAUGAGUCCUUGUUGGCUAAAGAUCGAUUAAGUUCAAUGCUGCUUCUCUCUCUUGGUCUUGGACAGAGUGUGUACCCAUCAUGACUGUUCCUCAGGAAAAGGCUGUUUCGUUCGGCGAUGUUCAAACUACAGGAGCCCUGAUUUAUGAAACAAUUAUGGCAAUGGGUUGCGGCAAGGUAUUCUAUAUUGAUGGUUGGGAUGGAUUUGGGGCCUCUGCUGUUCUUAGAUACAUGGCAUCAGUGCUUCCAGCCAGGAGAAUCCAUCCAGAACUAAGCUUUGACAGGACAAUUUUCAUAGAUUGCUCAAAGUGGAAAAAUAGAAGAGCAGUGCAGAGGGCAGUUGCAAGAGAACUGAAACUUGACCGCUCUGUAAUGGCUAUUCUAGAUCACAACGAUGAAUGGGAUGAUUUUUAUGGAGUUGAUGAAAGCUCAAGGGGUGAGAUUGACAGUGUUGCACGAGUUAUUAAUCAAACCCUGAGUGCAACCAAAUUUAUGAUGUUUUUUCUCAAUGGAAGUUACAACGAGAUUGAUGUAGGUACGAUUGGCAUUCCUCUUACAAGAUUUGGCGAAAGCAUGGUGAUAUGGACCUUCGACAGAAGUUGCCUGGCCAUGCAUCAUCACAAUCAUCGUAAGAUAACCGCCAAGCUAAGAUAUACUCACGUUUUCAUGCAUUCCAUGAGAAAAAUAAGUGAUUUAGAAAGUUCAGAUUUCCGUGAACUACUGCAUCAACAAGCUGCUGCCAUAGUUGCUCGUGGUCUAGGUAUGCAAGACAUCGACCCAACAAUAGUCGCAGAAUGUUGCCUCUACGGGUUAUUUCUGCAGUACGUCAUGGGCCUAGCUAUAGCCCAUUAA